GCCCCUUUAAUCUGCAGCCUGAGAUUAUUAUCAUUGUUUGUAGUGAGUGGUGGAUAAAACGGGAGUCUUUCACUGCGGGUUGAUAAAUGACAGAUCAGGCAGGAUACAAAGGGCUCUGUGAGUCGAGACAUCGCCGCUGUGGGAUGAUGUAGAGCGAAGGAGGGAGAUGGUACAGUACUGAGGAGACGAGGGCGGGGUUUUCCCUCCAAGAUGAGGCAAACUAAAAUAAAAUUGGCUUCUCGCUGUUGCCGGCGCAUGUACCGUAGGCUCUACGGACAAACAUAAGCCUGUGCGGAGAGGGAGGGAGGAGAAAGGAUGGUGAGGAGGAUGUGGUCUGAGGAACGGCUCUUCUUUCCUGAUGUGAUCUCACCUCCUCCUGUGCAGCCGUGAAGAUUUUGAUCCAACUGUUUCUUUAAACCGCAGCUGCUGCUUGUGUGUGUGUGUGGUGUGUGUGUGUGUUUUUUUUUUUUUUUCUCUUACAUUUUAAUAUUCCUGUGAGCGCCUUGACCGGUCUCUAUACUGUACAUCCAUCACCAUCAUCAUCACCAUCAUCUGUAACCAUGUCGGACUCGGAGGACAUGACGGAGUUCGCCAGCAUCGUGGAGCGGAUCGAGCGGGGCGAGGUCCCGAUCAAGAACAUCGAGAGGGAGCUGAUAUGCCCCAUCUGCAAGGAGCUCUUCACCCACCCACUGAUCCUGCCCUGCCAGCACAGCGUCUGCCACAAGUGUGUCCGGGAGCUGUUGAUGCAGAACCAUGAGGACUCCUUUGAUGCAGGCUCAGAGUGUUCCCUGCCGGGCAGUCCCAGGUCCAGGGUUCCCUCUCCCUCCAUGGAGAGGCUAGAUAGGCUUGUGAGAUCAGCCACAGUGCGAAGGUCGUUUGGAAGUCGAGGUAGACGCGGGCUCCGUGUUUUGAGUAGCUGUAGUGAGUACAGUCCUCGGAAACGGAGUGGAAAUACUGGCUUGCAAACUGAGAUAAAUCCAGCACUCCUCGCUUCCCCUGUCCCCCAAAAACGCUCCAUCUCGUCCCCGGGGUGGCGCAGAGGGUCUGUGACUCCCCGGGUCACCACCAUCCCAUGCCCAGGCUGCCAGCAUGACAUCGACCUCGGCGAGCGUGGCAUCAGUAUGCUGUUCCGCAACUUCACCCUGGAGAGCAUUGUCGAGCGCUACCGCCAGGCUGCCCGCGCCGCUGUGGCGAUCAUGUGUAACAUCUGCAAGCCUCCACAGCUGCAGGAGGCUACGAAGAGCUGUAUGGACUGCAAGGCUAGCUACUGUAACGAGUGCUUCAAGCUGCACCACCCCUGGGGCACACCCAAAGCUCAGCAUGAAUAUGUUGGUCCCACAACGAACUUUAGGCCCAAGGUGCUCAUGUGUCCAGAGCAUGAGAUGGAGAAGGUGAACAUGUACUGUGAGGUCUGCAGACGACCUGUGUGUCACCUUUGCAAGCUGGGAGGAUCCCACGCCAACCACAAAGUCACUUCUAUGAGCAGUGCCUACAAAAUCCUCAAGGAGAAGCUGGCUAAGAGUAUCCAUUACCUCAUCAGCAAAGAGGACCAGGUCAGGACUCAGAUUACUGAGCUUGAGCUGCUCAUCAGUCAGACUGAGGAAAAUGGCCAGCUAGCAGAGCGUCGGGCCAACGAGCACUUUGAGCGUCUGUUUGAGACUCUGCAGGAGAGGAAAUCAGAGAUGCUGAGGUCCAUUGAACAGUCUCGUAACCGACGCCUGGACCAACUCAAGGGCCAGGUGGAGGAGUACCAGGGCAUGCUGGAGAACAGUGGUCUAGUAGGCUACGCUCAGGAGGUGCUGAAAGAGACAGACCAGUCCUGCUUUGUACAGACUGCAAAGCAGCUGCAUAUCAGGAUCCAGAAGGCCACAGAGUCUCUGAGGACCUUCCACCCUGCAGCUGAUCCCUGCUUUGAUGAGUUUGUGCUGGACACGUCUAGAGAAGAAACUUUGCUCAAAGAGAUGUGCUUUGGUGGUGUUCCAGACCCUCCUUUGAUUGACCUGUCCAAUAGCAAAGUCUAUAAUGAGGCCUUGAUCUGCUGGAGGCUGUCUGAUGACCACCUACCAACAGACCACCACGUGGUUGAGUACCGCAGACUCGGGGGCCCGAGCCAGUCCCCGUCCCAGGAGGAUGGUGAGGACAGUGGGGUCUGGAGGGCUACAGACAGGGUGUAUGGCCCCAGCACUGUGGUGAGUGACCUGGAGCCUGACAGCCUGUACUCCUUCAGGGUCCGAAGCUGCAGGAACUCUAUGUUCAGCCCCUACAGCCCUGAGGUCACCUUCCACACACCACCUGCACCUGCUUUUGGUUUCCUGUUCAGUGACAAGUGUGGCUUCAGUACGGAGCGGCUCAUUCUAAACAAGCGCCGGGACACAGUGGAGAGUGUUGCAGGCAUGGCUUUCCUCCUUGCAGCAGAACGUGUGCAGACAGGAAGCUAUAUUGGACUAGACUACAUAAUUGGGGACACAGGCAUCUCUCAGGGAAGACACUAUUGGGCCUUCAAGGUUGAACCGUACUCCUACAUGGUUAAAGUUGGAGUGGCCUCUGACUCAAAGCUGCUUGAAUGGUUUCACAAUCCCAGAGAUACCAGCAGCCCGAGGUACGACCAUGAUAGUGGGCAUGACAGCGGCAGUGAGGACACAUGCUAUGAGCUCUCCCAGCCUUUCACCCUCCUCACCCUGGGCAUGGGCAAACUCUUCAUCCCCAAGGCUUCCUCAUCAUCCUCUGUUUCUACAGCAAGCGCAGCAUCCGGUGACCCUGGCAAUCGCAUGCUUCCCAUGCCACAGCGUUUGGGAGUGUGCCUAGAUUAUGAUGCAUGCCGGGUGUAUUUUUACGAUGCAGACACCAUGAGGUGCCUUUAUGAGAGGCAGGUGGAUUGUUCGGGAACAAUGUAUCCAGCCUUUGGCCUCAUGGGCAGUGGCAAGGUUCAACUGGAAGAGUUCAUCACUGCAAAGAGACUGACCUUCUGAGAAAGGAUGGAGCAUGUUGAUGCACCAGUAUCUGAAUUUGUUUAAUCUUUGGCAUGUUCUGGGAGGAGCAAGUUUUAUUGACAGGGUUCUGAAGGUCAGGUGAGGCAGAGGUAAUCGGGGCCUUUGGUCCUAAAUGUGAAAAUGGGAUCUCUGCCAGAGAGACUGGCCUAUUUAGACUUGGCAUGUAUGACCCACACAUAAAAUGGUGACAUUGAAUAUCAGUGGUCUUGAGAAGUUGGUAUAAAUGUGAAAGGUCUUCUCUACAUACCAAAGUCUCUGUAUCUGUUCAUUGUAUUUAACCUGGUUUUAGUUGCCAGCUAUGAUCAGCUGUUAUUGUGGUGGAAUUGGCUGCAAAGUUAGUCUGCAACCACUUUAAAUCUGUGUUUUAACAUGAAACGCCUUUGAGCUUACACUUAACACUUCCUCUUUUGCCAGGUUUAGGUCUCUAGAUAAUUUUGCGUGUAUUCAUUAUUGAGUGAUCUUUGAUUCUUUGGCUCGUUUCUAUAACUGUUUGUGUAAAUGUAGCAGCAUUUAGACAUAAUCUUAGUGGACCUGAGAGAGCCUUGUAGCUACUUUGAAGCUAGUGCCUUUGUGCCUUUUUUCUUUUUUUGUUUUUUUAGUCUAGAAAAUGGAUCACUUAGUUUGCUCUAGCAAGCAGAUAUUGGUGUCAUUGCACAAGCAUUAUGGAAAUACUUAUCAGCAUAAAUACUGUAUGUGAGUUUUUAUUGUAUGCAUAGUUUGAUCACAGACACUGGUGUUAUAAAGUUACAACAGUUAAUGGUAUUCAUUAUGACUUGUUAUUUACCUAUGUACUCUUGACUUAAUCACAGGAAACACUACUUUUCUUCCUUGUCACAGUUCAGCUGUUUUUGCACAAUAUGAUGAAUGAAGCCUCGCACAUGAAAACCUUUACAAUCAUCACAUGUUGAUCACUACCUAGUUAGCUUCUUCAUUGGAAAUGUUGUAGACAUGAACUCAUCAGCUCACUGAUGUCUCACUUUUCUUGUCACAAGCGCUCACCUUCACUAACACAAACCUGAAUCCUGGAGCAGUUACUUGGAUUUAGGAGCCUCUCACUGUUUGCACUCUCACACCUGUUGCACUGACCGUGACUUUUAACAUCACAAAACUAGCAGGUACCAGAAUACUGUGUACUUUUAGAUAACAUCACUUGACAGCUGCAAAGUCACUAAUAGCCAAAGCUAGCUGGUUCUGGUGCUGACUCAAGUGCAACAUGCAGCCUUGUGGCCUUGCAGCCUUUAAACAGUUCAAAAAACAAACACCACAGUUAUUCAGGUUCCUAAUAAAAGUGCUAUCACAAAACACACUGUUCAGUACCUUUGCUAUCAAAACCACAGUUUACUUGCAGUGCAGACACACAAAGUGUAGCAUAUUAGCUUCUUGCUGGUGAGUUUGGCUAUCAGACACCUAAGUGGUUGAUUGGCUUUGAUUAAAGCAGCUCAGAUAUUUAAGUCUAAGAGAGCACACUAGACAGACAGUUCACAGGGCAACCACACUUGGUUUUUGUAUAGAUGUGUAUUGUGUAUGUGCCUGCACAUGGGUUUGUUUGUACAUUCAUGUAUAUUUUGAUUUCUGGAGGGUUAGGGUAAUUGGUGUGUGUGUGUUUUCUCAGGUUUCUGGCCCUGAUCGGGGCCCACUGCUACCUACCUCUAUCUGUCAGGCCUGGAAAACCUUAACUACUGUACCUUUCCUCACAGAAACAAGUUUGGUUUGAUUUGCAGCUUUGUCCCUAACAGUCAGUUCAAUAUGUCCGCCUUCUCUUUAAUGUAAAUAAUAAGCUGAUCUUUCAAAAAUGUUUGAUUUUAACUUCCAUGUACAUAUUAAUCCAGAGUAUAUUAUUUUUAGUGAAAUAAAGUACAUCUUAAAUGUUCAUGUUAUUAGUUGAUGUUUGCUUGUGGAAAUUAUUGUAAGCUGCCUUUAUCAAGGGAGUGUUCUUCAACUGGUACUAACAACCUUUUCUUCCUCUUUUUUUUUUUUUUUUUUUUUUUUGUGGUGUUGGUUUGAAUAGUCAAAAUUAAAUACUGGAUUUCAGUGACAGUGUGUGUAUUUUGUCUCGUGUUGCUGACAAUUAUUUUCACUCCAAUCCUCAUAGACCUGAACCCUGACUCCUGUAUUAAAAAACUGACUGUUUCAACAUCUAUUAAACAUGUCUAUGCAUUUAUGAAUUGGCAGAGCAGGUUCAGGAGCUUUAUUCCCAUCACAGAAUGUAUUCAUGAUAAUUACAGAACAAACAGCUGAAUGUUCUUUUUUUUUAUUUUUAAGGUGGUUUUCUUCUAUUGGUUUGUUCCACUCUGGGUCACAGCACAGUUGUAUGUAGUUACAGAUACCUGUUAAAAUGCUUGUAAUCUCAACUGCUUUUCAGUAAUGAAUUUAGAACCAAAUGUUUUGCAGGCUGGCUGUCAAUCUAAUUCCAAGCUAGCACUUUAAAAAUCUGUAGCAUGUCAGCAACUGUUUGGCUCUGCAGGUGUGUAUAAUAAAUGUGUGUGUGUGCAAUAUUAUUAAAUGGGCUGUAGAACAGAAGAAAACCGUUUAGAUAGAAACAAGCCUGUUAAGACAAUUUGCACUGUUAAUAGUUUUAGUUUACUUUUGCGGUUUUAAAUAGGCUUUUCCUUGACACAAAGUCAAUUUUAAACACAGCUUGAGUUGUAAUUGUUUUUUCUCAGCAUUACUCAAAUUUUUCUGAACUCUAAAUUAGUGACUGUACAUUUUUCCCUUUCUGUUUCCUCCAGAGGAUUUGGAUGUGGUGUGUUAAUGGUGGGUUUCAGUAUGUGUAGUAUGUAAAGAUGUGGAAAUACUGUUCUUUGUUCUGAUUUCUGGAAAUGCUACACUUUUUAAUUUGCUGUGUGGGGAUUUCAUCAAAUAAAACUAGCGUGUUUUUAAA